AUGGUCAAAGCCGACCCGACACGCAACUACUAUGCUGACCUGAAGGUGUCUGCGAAUGCGAGCGAGAACGAGAUCCGUAAAGCGUUCCGCACUCUGGCUCUGCAGUACCACCCCGAUCGCAAUCCAGGGCGCGAGGCCGACUUUGUCGUCAAGUUCCAAGAGAUCCAGGCCGCCCAUGAAAUCCUCUGCGAUGCAACACAGCGCGCAAAGUACGAUGCUGAGCGCAGGAAGCACCGCAACCUGUACAUGUCCUCGAACACGCCCAAUACGCCGAGAACGAGGCCGCCGCCGCCAUCACGAAGUGCAUACACGACAACCACGCCCAGCGGCUCCUACUACCGCGCACCUCCACCCCAGCCCUCGCCCCAGACUCAGCGUCCUCCUCCCCCUCAGCAUCACAACACUUACACCACUGGCGCCGACAGGUUCACGAGCAAGAACUUCCGACCGCCACCAACAGCACAGCGACCGGCCGACACGCGGGCAAAGGACGCAGAGGCGCGGGCCAACGUCUUCACAGCAUGGCAGAAGAUGAAGCAGCCUCGUGGGGAGGAGCCUCGACAGUACAGCCCCAGUGCCCAGCACAACACGCCGCAGCCGCCGCACAAUAACCCUAACGGCACACCAUUCGGUCGCAGCCAGAGCACAAGAGUCCCGUCGAGCAGGUCAGGCUUCGACCCGUCCACACCAGGAGUAGACGAAGGCCAAGCACGGUCGGCAUAUAGAAACUACACUCGUGCAGCCCCGACACCGCCCACAUCUACCACACCGCCGAGCGAGACUCCACCGACAAAAGACACACAGAGUGGCGACGCUCCAUACGCGGAAGCCAACCGCGUCCGGACUCCGUACUACUCCCACGUCUCAGGCGAGCGCACGUCCAUGUUUGAGCCUCUUGGUAGAUCUGCCAGUGUCCGCAACUCACCAACGCACUCCCAUCGGCCCAGUCCCUCGCAUGAUGCAGGCGCCUUCUCCGACUCAGGCCGGAGAACGCAGCGGAACUCGUAUGCCGGACACUCAACCAAGCCGUUCCCUCAAAUGUACCCAGACUCAAGCGAUGACGAGUCGGAAUCAGAGGUCUUGCGUGGGGGCAACAAGCACCGUGGUCCUCCACCACAGAGUGCAAAGCCACCGCCCCCUCCCACUUGGGCACCAAGUGGAUUUAGCACACCCGACCACGGUCGGCAGGCUAAUGGGACAGCUCGACACAUGCCGAACAGCUUCAAGAGUAGGAGUGAGGAAAGCAUCAAUAUGAAAUUCUCGCCUUCGGAUUGGCAUGGCAAGUUCGAAGGCAGUGCUGAUUACUUUGCCCCUCACAUGCAGAAAGGCUCCGGCAACAAGGGACGAACUUCGCCAAGUCGCGGAAGACCAGGUCAACGAAAUGCCUCUGAACGUCCCACGGCUACGACUGCCUCCACCCGCCCACCUCCGGCAUCGACGUUCUCGCAAUCAACAGCACAGCCGCAGUCAUAUCCGAUUCCGCCACCUCCACCUGGGCCACCUCCGAAUGUGAACUUCCCGCCCGGUGCUACAUUCAGUCAACAGGCUUGGGCUCAGACAUUCCAAGACCCACAUUGGGUCUUCAAUGACAAAAAAGAGACUUCCCCCCGCCGUGCAUCAGAAGCCAAAGCGCGAUCAAAGGCGGGCCGAAAAGCCUCCGUGCCUCAGACUGGGACGAAACCCCAAGGUCAAGCUGAAGCUUCACGACCAAAGUACCAGGCAUUUGCAGAGGAACCUACGACCGGAGAGCCAGAUGCAAUGGACAUCGAUCCGCCUGCUAUGCCCAAACCUGCCAGAAGAGCUACGCGCACCGCGCCUUCAUCGCCCAGGCUUGACACUACCGCUGCCCACCUUCCAACUUCCAAUGGGUCCGCUACUGCCCCCAGUUCAGCAACUACAGCAAAGCCUCCUGGGCAAGGAUUAAACGGCAUCGGAGAUCUCGCAGACCCUCUCCUCGCGCCACGGGAUGGUGGCAUUGGCCUAGACGACAUCAAGGAUGCCCUGCCUUUCGAUUCUCAGCCCUCCCAUUUGCACCCCACCAAGCCAAACACAGCACAACCCCUCCGCUACCCAGAAGUACCCUUCCCGCCUCCCCCUCCUACCAAAAUCGAACAGCGCACGGCAGAUGAAUACUUCAACCGCAUGGAGGCGUACGUCAAGGCCUACAAACGCUACUCCAAGACUCUGACGGACCACUUCAACGCGCGAAACCUAGAGCUUGAAGACCUAGAUGACCACUUCAUUCACCACCGCGGCGAGACGACUCGGAAACUCGGUUUCGCGAGUUAUCUCUCGCGUAUGAAAGAAGACGAAGCGGUCAUGGCGACGUGGCAGACUGCGCAGAGUAGCCAUAUCCAGGCAUUGUUGCAGUGCGAAACUGUGAGGAAUAAGGCAAUUAAGAUUCUGCGAGUUCGAGAGGCGUUGUUUGCGGGCGAUGCAUAUACGUACAGACAUGGACGCGAUGGUAUGGACUUCGAGAAAGAGGAGAUAGCGACGGCGAAGGUGGGGGAGGAUAAGGAGACGCAUGUACACGUACACACUCGCACGGAUAUCAACAGGGACAUGGACACAGACACAAAGACGAAUGCGAAUUCAAACUCGAGCGCCAACACCACACCCAAACGUCGAACAUCAGCGUCGUACUUUGCCUCUCGUUUCGGACUUUUUGGCUCUGGCUGCACGGUCUGGGCUCCGACGGACGCAGACCGGGAAUUACUAUCUAGUUCACACAAGAUACACGCGCGGCCGCAACAGCCGAAACCGAAACCGAAAUCUUUGCUGGUGCUGAAAAAAGGGAAGAAGAAGGAGCGUGGUGGCGGAAUUGUUGAGUUGGGAUAG